GGAGUGUGGAGGGGCAAUGGCGGCGCCCGUGCUGCGUUGGUUGUGUCCUGGAAGGCGUUGGGCUUUCGCCCGGACUGGCGGCUGUUCUUACCACAGAAGAGGGGUUCCGACUGCAUCCACGUCCAGCGGGAAAAGGGGCAGAGCUCAGUGGCUCAGCAGUCCCUCAUCACGGCCCAGGAGCCGAGGAAAGGUGACCGUGAAUGGGCAGCUGUGGUAGGUUUGGAAAUUCAUGCCCAGAUUUCCUCCAACUCUAAACUUUUCUCUGGAUCUCAAGUCCACUUCGCAGCACCUCCAAAUUCUCUGGUAUCCUUUUUUGAUGCAUCUCUGCCUGGAACUCUGCCGGUGCUCAACAGGAGGUGCGUGGAAGCAGCCGUGAUGACCGGCCUGGCCCUGGACUGCCGCAUAAACAAGAAGUCCUUGUUUGACAGGAAGCACUACUUCUACGCAGACCUCCCGGCGGGCUACCAGAUCACCCAGCAGAGGCUCCCCAUUGCUGUGGACGGGAGCUUGGCAUACAGCGUCUGCGUGGGGAAGAAGCGGGGUCAGGCGGUCGCCAGGACAGUGAGGGUCCGGCAGAUCCAGCUGGAGCAAGACAGCGGCAAGAGUCUCCACGAUGACCUGCGGUCCCAGACGCUCGUGGAUUUGAAUAGGGCAGGGGUCGGCCUGCUGGAAGUGGUCCUGGAGCCCGACAUGUCCUGUGGAGAAGAGGCGGCCGCGGCCGUCAGGGAGCUGCAGCUGAUUCUUCAAGCCCUGGGGACCAGUCGGGCCAUCAUGGCAGAGGGCCAGUUGAGAGUGGAUGCCAAUAUAUCUGUACAUCACCCUGGGGAGCCUUUGGGUGUUCGAACAGAAGUGAAGAAUCUCAACAGUGCCAGGUUCUUGGCCAGAGCAAUAGACUAUGAAAUUCAGAGGCAAAUCAGUGAACUGGAGAAUGGAGGUGAAAUUCUGAAUGAAACGCGUUCGUUCGAUUACAAGCUGGGGUGCACCAUGCCGAUGAGAGACAAAGAAGGAAAACAAGACUACAGGUUCAUGCCGGAGCCCAACCUGCCCCCGCUGCUGCUCUAUGACUCGGCGUCCCUGCCUGCUGGCGCAGACCCGCAGCAGGUGAUCAACAUUGACCAGAUCCGGGAGCAGCUCCCUGAGCUGCCCAGCGUAACCCGGGAGAAACUGGUGCAACGGUACGGGAUGCUGCCAGAGCACAGCUUCGCCUUGCUGAAUGAAGUUGGCCUACUGGAGUUCUUCCAAAAUGUGAUGAAAGAAACUAGGGCAGAGCCAAAAAAAGUGACUAGUUGGGUCCUCAACACUUUUCUGGGUUUUUUAAAGCAGCAGAACCUUGCUGUUAGUGAGAGUCCUGUCACCCCUUCUGCCCUGGCGGAGCUGCUCAACCUGGUGGAGAGGAAGGCCAUCUCUUCGUCCGCAGCUAAGCAGGUGUUUGAGGAGCUGUGGAGGAGCGAAGGGAAGACUCCAGCCCAGAUCGUGGCAGAAAAGCAGCUGGAGCUGAUGCGGGAUGACGAGGCGCUGGAGCAGCUCUGCCGCGCCACGAUGGAGGCCCACCCUCAAGUGGUGAUGGAUCUAAAGAAAGGAAACCCCAGAGCGAUAAACAAACUAAUUGGGUUGGUCCGAAAAGCGACUCUGGGCCGAGCAGACCCCACUGCGAUCAAGGAUGUCCUGGAGAGGCAGCUGUCGGGGUGAUGGCCAGACCCCUGGCCUGAGGGAGGACAGUGCCACCCCAAGAGUUGACGCCACACCUGCGCCGAAGUGCUGCCUCCACAGAAGACCAGGCCUCUGGCUGUUGCUCCACUGACAUCAGGAUGGCUCCGUGAGGUGCAACCACGGCUAAGACAGAGCACGUUCUAGUGCUUAGUGACACUGCGCUCGUUGAGACACGCUGUUCCAGAUACGGUCACCAGCCUCAGGGAACAUUUCAUUCUGCAGCCUCCUCAACAAAUAUAUUUAAGCACAUCCUAAGGGCCAGACAUUGUGGUGGGGGUGAGGGGUGGUGAAGAGACUGUGAUCUGGAUGCAGUAAUUUAAACCUAAAAAUAGGUUAAUGAAGAAGAAAUCACACAUUUGUUUGUGGAGCUCUCCUUGAGGGCGCGGAGGGAGGGCAUUAGUCUUGGUACCGGGAGUGGGUGGUGCUCACCCACACAGAGUAAAAGUGAUGGUGCCCGUUCAGCUCCCCAGGGAUUCCCGAAGGCAGAGGUCUGAGAAUAAAUGAUUUUUUUUUUUUUGGGUAAAAAAGACAACAGGAGUUUUCAAGUAAAUUUAAUGAAUAAAAUAUAUACUGAAGUAUCACAUAAAAAAUUAACUUACAUGUCAAAGAUUGUGCAGUUGACAACCCCCCUCCCAACCCUCAGACCAGAAAAAGGAAAAAAAAAAGCUGUUAACAUUAAACUUAUUUGUUUUGCCUGAAAAGAUGAUGAUAAAACUAGUAUGUCAAAAUCUUGACCUUUAACAGUAACCGUGGUGCAGUUAACAGUUUAAGUCCACAAAGGCUGGGUUGCCCUCACCCCUGUUCUCAUGACAAUAAUACUAUUUCUGUCUGUCGCACCAGGGUGCCCCUUUGUUCACUGCCUGCUUUUGUUACCUCAGACUCAACAACGCCUGAAGCCCAGUUUUGCGGAUGGUUUGUUUCUUUUUAAAGCACAUGUCAAAUUGUGACCUAAGAGAACAAAAUCUUUGGAGGCCCUGAUUUGCAGUGAAUACUCUCUUGUGCUAAGAGUACAAACAUUUCCAUCACGGAUGGCGCUCCAGUGGCAGCUGGGGACAUAGCGAGGUAGGCCUUCUUGGCUCCUGGGCUGCAGACGACGCUCGGACUUCCCUGACUAGGAUUGAUGAGAGCCGUGUCCCUCCUACCCAGCCGGAAGAGCACGGCCAGGAAGGAACCUUGUUGUGUGGUUUCUUUUUGACAAGCAUGAAGAGGUAAGGUUUUUUGGUUUUUUUUUUUUUUAUUUGACUUUUAAAAAGAUUCGUGCCUUAGAAGUGUUAAGAGAAUACGUUACAUCGCCCAGGAAGCCAUGUGCCCCUCACACAUUCUGUUGCAAUGCUCAAAACUACUGGGCCUAAAAGUAAAAUAUUUUCCUCAAACCCCUUUUUGAGAGAGAAGGCAGAGUGAGUUCCAUCUCCUUGUGCCGUGACUCUCAGUUACAAACGGGUGAAGGCGGUCUGAGACUGGGAUCUGGCGGGAGAAUGGUUUUGUAAGAAGUGAUGAGGUUCAGUUUUGUUUCACAAACUCUGUUUUCACCAAAGUCUGCCUUCUUGGUCAUCAGACCUUACAGAAGGCCCUGGACAAUCUUUCCAGACUUUAAAUCAAGGCCUACGUAAAUGGGGGCUGGGGGGGGGGCAGCUAGAUGACCAUUUGCCACAAUAUUCUGUCCAGUGUAAACUGUGUUAGGGACGGAUCACUCCCCAAGAAAAGUGCCACCGCUGGGGACAAAACGGGUAAAGGGGUCAGCCGUAUGGCAGCAGAUGGAAACUCAGCCUUUGGUGGUGAGCACACUGUAGUGUAUCCCGAAGUCAAAAUACAGUGUUGCAUAUGUGAAAUUUAUGUUAUAAACCAAUGUCACCUCAGUUAAUAAAGAAAAGCUUUAAGUCCUUGAUCUUCA